AUGCCAAUCAGCUGCACGGAAUGUAGGAGGAGAAAGAUCAAGUGCAACAAGAUGGUUCCCUGCAACCAAUGCAUGGUGAAAAGCAAGAAAUGUGAGUAUCCAUCAAAGUUUCGAUCACUCGGGGUGAGCCAACUAGUUGUUGACGGAAUACCUCCAAACUGUUUAAGUGGUAAACCUGAUCAUAUUGCUGACAACAAACCAAAUGAUAAUACAAUCACUGAUGGAAGGGCCAAAGAAAAAAUGCUGAAAAUUCAUAAGCACGAUGUCGAGAACAAUCAGCUUGAAAGUUCGAAGAGAGUCAAGAUUGAGGGUGACACAGAUUCAAUAUCAAAAUUGUAUAAGGAGAACGAGAUUUUAAGACUGAAGAUACGUGAUCUCCGACUCAGAGGUAGACGCCAGAGAAAAAAGAUGAAGAAAUUCAUGAGUGAACACGAGAAAUAUGAUGUGAUAAGCGAGAAUAGUGAUGAUGAGUGUGAAAAUGAUGAAGAGAAUGUCGAUGAUCCGAAGUCGUCGGCCACAAACUGUAAGGAUCAACAGCAUUCACAGCAAAUAGACUCAUCUGCGAUAUAUUAUGGCCCGAACUCAACGAGGUAUAUGAUGAAAUCAUCCAUGAGCCGAAAUGAAAUCAGUGAAUUUGAUGACUUUGUGCGCGUCAAAAGACAAAUAAAGCAAAAGCGUACCCUCCCUGAACUUGUGAAGCCUAAGAUCAACUCAGCUAAAGCACGAAGAGUCGCUGCAAAGGAAAAUAUGGAGGCCAUUACUGGGUUGAUCAAGAAAUUCUUCCAUCUGAAAGUUCACUACAUGAACUAUAUUUCACCAAAGCCAAUACUAGACCUAUUUGACAAGUAUGAGGAGAUCAAGGUGUGGAACCGGGGUGAUGAUGAUCAACUUUUGCUCGCCAUCAUGAUCAUGAUCGUGUCACUAAGAUCGAUUCCUCCAAGUGAUCCACUUUUAACCAAGUAUGGUCUCAGCUACCGGCAGAACCGAGAGUCUCUCUACAAACAAUAUAAAAACUUGAAGAGAGGCAUACAGUUGGAAACAACCACUAGUUUGCGGGCCUAUGUUUUGGAGUGCGAGGAUUUGUUCUUUAAUGGCGAAAUUGAAAAGAGUUGGCAUCUUCUUUUCCAUCUGGUCGGAUCUGCUUACUCAUUAGGUCUCCACGUGUAUGAUGAAUCCAUAGUGAAGGCAUUGAAAUCGGCACACUGUGAAAAGGCUGGCGAUAUUAUCAUAAGAAACCCGAAAACUUCUUUGUGGCUCAUUAUCAACUUCAUAUCCGCAACACUGUGUUCGGUGCUCGGGAGGCCAAACCCGGUCACAUUCAACUUCCAGCCUCUUUUGAAGAAUUAUGAGAUUAGGUUGAACUAUAAAAUUGCACUUGCAGAUCUUGUUAAAAAAUCAACCAGUGUUUUGAUUGACUCUUAUAAACUUCCAAUCGACGAAAACACCGUCUUAGGAAUAGAUGAGAUGUUUGUGAAUGAGGUUCUCAUCUACGAGAAAAUCCUUAUUGACACAAGAAUAAUGAGAAACAUGAAGAGCCGGCAGCCAGGAAAAGCUGCUUAUAUCACACUUCCAGUAAUUGAUAAGUCUCAAAGUACUAGGCUUGCAUUGGGGCGUAUUGGCCAUCAAGCUGAAUGGACAAGUGUAAGCAAUAUUGUCCAGAGUCCAGCAGGUGAUAGUCCGGUUAGUGAUGACAGUAAUAAGCAGCUGAAGAACAUUACUUCUGCUGAUGAUCGUCAAGCAUUGACUAAUCCACAAUUCCAAGGAACUUUGCAGCAGAAGAAGGUGGCCAAAUUGUUAAGCGAGUGUCCAUUGGACAUUAGAUUCACGAUUCUUCGUCCAUGUCCUCUUCAUAGUGAAGAGGAACCGUGGUGUAUGGUGUUAGAGGAUGGAGACACGUUGUGUGACUUGAUAAUGUUAGAUGCUAACAGAGCCAAGUUCAACCAACACUUCAUGGCCAAGUACACGAAGUCACUUGAAAGCUGCCUUGAUUCUAUUCUCAGAGUGCUUGAGCAUACCCAGGAUUUGAUGGAAUUGACUAUUAAGAAGCAGGGGGGACCUGCAUUCCAACGAAUGUACCCGUUCUUCUAUGUCUUCCUCUACCAGACCUUAAUUGUCAUGUACACUUUGAUGCACCUUGGGUAUGCUAAGUUGAGUCCUUAUUACGGUGAUAUUGGGAUUAUCAGGCAGCAUUUGGUGAAGCUUUUCGACUGUGUCGGUGUGACCAACUGGAAGCCAAAUGUUAUCCGUAUAGUUCAGUAUAUUAAUGAUAUGUGCGACACGUUCUUCCGGACACACAUGGAAAGAGAGAGGCAAAAUUCCCAACUGAAGGAGGAAGUGCUUAGUGAUGGUCAAUAUGAUAAUACUGUGCAUCAUCUUGUUUCGAACAGCCCGUACCAGUCCAAGUAUGCUGUAAUUCAAGAGCCAGGCAUUAUGGAGCGGCAAUCAGAGCAACAACGACAGCAACAACAGCAACAACAAGAAAUAAGUAUGUUGGCACAUGGUGUUCCCUCACUAACAUCUAAUGACCAUUCCAUGUCCAUCGGUAACAACCUUUGCGGAUCGCAGGGUCAUUUUGGAUCGCUCUUAAGUCUAAACUCAUUACUAAAUGCAGUCCCAUCUGAAGCCAAGGAAACGGCAUACUUUAAAGGAAAGCAGUCAGUUCAAAAUAACGCUGAUUCAGAAACCGAGAAUCCUGAUACUUCAAGAACGACGGCCAACAGCUUUUAUGCAACCUCUAAACCCCAAGUACCGUUGUCAAACUACAACAUGGACUAUUAUAAUUCAACACAGCCGUUUUAUCCACCCCCAUCAAGCAUGCAGACAUCAUCCAAGCAAGAACAACCGGUUGCAACAUUUACCGUGGAUCCACUUCUUGGUUUCGACCUCGAUGAUCCAUUUGCCGUUCAGAAUCCUUUAAAUUUUGGUUAUGUCUCGGCAGCGGGCCAGCAGCAACGUAAUAGUGUUGACAGUCAGUCUGCAAUGAGUGAGCCGGCUGAAUUUAUAAGACAAGAUAGUAAUUCCACCGUCACGGUUAUUUCUAAUGAUAAGUAUGAUGUUGAACGGGUGUCCACCAAUAGUUCGCUCGCAUAA